UCGGUGUCGCAAGACCUUGGCUAUCGAGGCAAGUUCACCGCGACUCUCAUUGCACUCGAUCUCACGCUUCACCGAUUCUAACCAUUUUUCGCCAUUCAGUCAGACACCAACACGAAAUCCCGACAGUCACGUUUCUGAUAACGGCGAUUGAUAAAAUGUAAAAGUCAAUAAUUUACAACCGAUGCGUCGCGGUUUGUGAUACGCUAGUGAUAAUCAUGAUACCAGAACAAAAUAAUAAGUGUGUUUCGUUGUUACGACUGUUGACUAUGAGUUGAAUGAACAUGCUUUGUGUGAAGUGUGGCAGUCAAUGUCAGUGGCGGCAGUGUUUGCUCGAGCACCCUUCGCCGUCGAACUUCUACGUGAGCUGUUGGCAAAGUAGCCGGUCGUGUGUCCCGCUGAUGUCGCUACGGAUCUUCCUCUUCCUGUACUCAAUAUGUGUGCUUAUAACCUCUAUCGUCUGGAUGCCCUUGACAUUGGAUAUCAAUUGCGGCUAUUGGUUCAUCUACGUCACACAUUGGGGAUACAUUCUCGUCGCCCUCUCCACAGGCUUCGGGGCGGCUGUGUCAGCGUGUGUUUACUUUAAUCGACCUAUCGACGCGACGUUUGGAUUACCAUGGUACGUGAAGACAUAUUGGGUGUUGUACAACAUCACCAUUCCCGUCGCCUUCCUCGUCACCAUCUUCUACUGGGGCGUCUUGAGAUCUUCGGUAAAAAAGCUGAACUACGCGCCCAACCCGGUGCUGGAUAUCAUGCUGCACGGCGUCAACUCAGCCGUCAUGCUGGUGGAGCUGCUGUGCUCAGCGCACCCCAGCAGACUGCUGCACAUCAUGCAGCCGCUUUAUUUCGCCGGCGUCUACGUUCUCUUUACCAUAAUCUACUUCUUCGCUGGGGGACUUGACCCAUGGGGCAACCCUUUCGUUUACCCGGUGAUGGACUGGUCGAAGCCGGAACAAACACUGAUAGUGGUGACACUCACCGCCCUGUUCCUUGGACUGAUUCACUUAAUAGUGGUCGGCAUCGCCAGUCUCCGCGAUCUCAUCGCCAAGCGGUGUCUACGAGACACCACCGGAGUCUACAAUGACGGGUUCGACGCUUGAUCUCACUAGAUACUAGUUAUAGUGACGAUCGAAGCAUUUGCUCAAUUAUCAUUAACAGGCGCUUACAGACUUUUAUUUUAUAAGUAGAAAUUGGUUGAAGUGUUUUCAAGCCAAAUAACUGUAUAGUGAUGUGACACUAAGCAACAAGGGACAUGUAUAUGUAUUAAGUACGAGAGUAAGUUAAUUAUAUCGAGCUUAAUGCCAACUCUAUGCGACAGAAAUAUUGUGAUAUAUUUAAAUUGUUUAAAAGAUAACUUGUCAACCGUACUGCCAAACUACGUAUCUGUGCAGGUCCAAAACUAAACAACUAUAAUAAUAAUAUAUCUAUGAUGAAUUGUGAAAAUAAUUUAACUUAUUUAUCAAAAGCAAACUGUGAUCUUGUUCACCAGAGUUAGGUACUUAGGUAAUAAUUUAUGAAUUCUGUAAUUUGUACAAGCGAGUAACUGAAUUAUCUACUAAGUAAUUUUAAGUUUUUAAAGGCAAGGUUUAAGAAGCACAAUUUUUAUUGAACUUAUUUUAGCCUAAAGCUCUCAAAUCUUCUUCGUAUUUUUUCACUUGUACUUACUAAGAAUUGUUGUGGACUGUAUAAUAUUUAUAAUGUUUGUAAACACAUGUAUAAUACCUAUUUAAUAUGUUCUUAUGUUUGUGUAUUUACUGUAAACAUAGGCCGUAUUGAAGACGUAUAAAUGACUUGAG